AUGUCUAAGUACGCACCCCAUUUGGCCGUCGUGAUUAUGGGGGAUGUUGGUGUUGGGAAAGAAGCGCUAGCUGAGCGGUUUAGUCCAAACGAUGUUCAUGAUCCAACAUAUGACGGCACCCAUAUGGCAAGAAUCGAUGUUGAUGGCUCGCCUUGUGUCCUCAAUAUCGAGAGAUGUGGGGGAAAAGAAUUCAUCGUGGUAAGAGACCUGCUUAUCAGGCACGCAGAUGUCUUCAUUCUUGCGUACAGCGUGACUUCACGAACGUCAUUUUCUUAUAUACGGGCGCUCGACAAUCAUAUCAAGGAGACCGAGGAGAGGCUACGGGCUGAUGGGAUUAUAAAACUGUGCAAGUCGCCCGUUAUUUUUGUCGGUACCAAGAAUGACUUAGAAGCCCAGCGCGAAGUAUCAGUUGAAGAAGGCCAGAUGCUUGCAAAGUCACUGAAUUGUCCGUUCAUCGAAACAUCGGCAAAGCACAACACAAAUGUAAAGAAUUUGUUCCAUGAGGCUGUGAGAUGUUUUCGACAGCAAAAUCCUCCUACUCCUAGUGAGCCUGAAACACCAACCCCUUCACGAUCAAGGAAAGGCCUGGGGAGAUUGUUGGGACCAAGGCAACGAAACAAUGACAAUGGGCCACGAUGCAUUGUUAUGUGA